AUGGAAGGAGAAAAUGGAUCACUUGUCCCAAUGGAAGUAGCGAGCACUCCCUUUAAGCAGGAACAACCACAACAACAUCAAACACCUCAACCGCAAUCACCAAUACCACCCGAAGAUGCUGUAAGGGAACAAGUCACAGUUCCUCCCCCUUCACAGCAUCCUAAACCCACUAAAAGAUCAAAAUGGGAAUCUGAAAAUGAAAGUGAAGAAGAGGCAGAAGAGCAGCAUCAGCAUAAACAACGACAGAGAAUACUACUAAAGAAACGAAGGACCAAUAAAAAAGGCAAAAUUCACAUUGACUCUACUGAGGAAGAACAAGGUUCUCAGACUGAUGAAGGAACAAAAUCUACAAAACAACUACUGCAAUCACAAACCGAGGAUAGUGGUGGUGGUAUUGUUAGUUCUCAGUCACCAGGACAACAAAAGUCUUUGGUAUCACCUAAUGCUGUCGUUAGUACAACUACUCUCGAAAAUUCAGAAUUUUCAUUAAACGUGCCUCGCACGCCGAAACGUGAAACAUCACAGCAUGUGUUUGCUAAACUAAAACCUCACGAAGUGAAAGCACCAGUGCUCGCAGGGUGUCGUAGCGUUGAUAACUACGAGAAACUGAAUAGGAUAGAAGAAGGCGCUUACGGUAUAGUGUUUCGUGCACGUGACAAAGCAACCGGUGAAAUUGUAGCGUUGAAAAAAUUAAAAUUGGACAAAGAGAAAAAUGGGUUUCCGAUUACUUCGUUACGUGAAGUCGCCACUUUGUUGACGGCAAAACAUCUAAAUAUCGUCAAUGUUCGCGAGAUUGUGGUUGGCGAGACUCUAACACAAGUUUUUAUAGUCAUGGAUUUCGUUGAACACGAUCUCAAAAGCCUGAUGGAAGAUAUGCGUCGUCCUUUCUCACACUCUGAAAUAAAAACCAUUAUGCUUCAAUUAUUAUCUGCUGUUGCUAUGCUACAUGAUAACUGGAUUAUUCAUCGUGAUCUGAAAACUUCUAAUUUGCUGUUGAAUAAUCGUGGGCAAAUAAAGGUGGCGGAUUUUGGCCUGGCGAGAUCUUAUGGGAGUCCACUGGGGAAAAUGACCGAACUGGUGGUGACUCUUUGGUACAGAGCCCCAGAAUUGUUGCUUGGUGCAAAGAAAUACUCGACUGCUAUUGAUAUCUGGUCGGUCGGCUGUAUUUUUGGUGAGUUGUUAAAUAAGGAGCCGUUGUUCCCUGGUCGAAGUGAGAUUGAUCAGUUAGAUCAGAUUUUCAAAUUGUUAGGAACUCCUGAUGAAAGAAUAUGGCCCGGGUUUUCUAUCUUACCGAAUUCUAGAACUUUUGUUUCGAAACAGAUGAAAGGACAUUUACGAUCCCGAUUCUUGGAUUUAUCAGAAAACGGACUCGAUCUAAUGCAAAAGAUGUUAACUUACGAUCCGGCAAAACGGAUCACCGCCGAAGAGGCAUUAAAGCAUCCGUAUUUCACGCAAGUUUCAUCAAAAAAUAAUUCAGAACGACCUGCACCAAAGGAUCCAGAAAUGUUUCCGACAUGGCCUUCAAAAGGCGGUGGAGAGCGACGAAAAUCCUAUGCUAGCCCAUCUGCUCCAAAAGGAGUACACCACGGCGGUGAAUUCGAUGAAGACGAUCCAGCAUUUCUGGGCUCGAUUUUCGAGAACCAGAUGGCAUCGGGUGUUGAUCGUGGGUUCCGAUUGAACUUUGGAGGAAAUACUCGUGAAUAA